AUGCCCGAGCUUCACGAGUACUACCGUUUCCUCACUCGCAUGUACCUCAAAGAAUGCUACGUUGCCGAACCGCCCGAAGGGGGCUGGCCCGAGGUCAACGCCGAGACCAUCGGUGUGCUGGGGAAAACAGACGAACGAUGCCUCGGCCUAGGGUGCCGGCAACUAUCCGGCGGGGGUAUAGGUGUCUUAACCGAGUAUGACCUCCCCCGGUAUAAGUAUCCGUAUAUAUUUAGCCUUACCGAGGGCGGCUACUAUAACCUAGCGUUCCUGCUCGAUACUAAGCUUGGUAUAGUCAUCCCCGAUUUCUUCGAGCUCCUCAGGGACCUGUUUCGGCAGCUGUUCUAUGUCCCUAUUAGCUUGCGUAGGGUCUACUUUGCCGCUACCGAACGGCUAGGUUUGCUGGCAGACAUCUAUCGGGCGUACGGUUGGCCCGACCUCGAGCGCUAUAACAAGCGGGAUUGCAUGAAAGUUGUCCAGGAUUGGAUGGAGGAACACAGUCCUAAUUACGCCGACUACCGCGAGAAGAACGAGUAAUCAAUGAGACCUUCUCUCUUCGGGGUCUACAAUCUCCGCCCCAGGGCUGCUUGAUAGCCCGUGGGUUUGUGGGAGUGAGUUGACCUGGUCUGUAUUGAGUCAGUACUUCACAGUAAGGUACAUACUAUCAUACUACUAGGCACCUACCUAUACAAGAGCAGCUGCUUGCCACCUAUCGGAGUGACCGACGGACAAUUUGACGUCUUCCCUGCAUCGGUGAAGCUGGAAGGGGGGGUUUGCACCUCUGACUCGGCUUUACCUCCUUCAGUCUUCACCAGCUACUCCGUACCCAGAGUUUGUCGACCGGGGAAUUGGAACAUCGAUAGAGAAUAUCUGGGGUUCAGUACGACACCAGACAAGCCGUUGGCACGGCAGUCGAAGAUUCCA